AUGUUUUCUGUUUCAGUGCCAAUUUGAAGCAUUCCAACAAAUUUCUGGGUCACAGCGAGUCUCGUCAUCUUGUACCGUUUACUAGGUACAUGUACACUUUCACUUCUUUCUGGAGAUCACUUUACGUGAAAUCUGACCCAAGAGAAGGCAUGAUAUCAAAUUUAUUCCAGUAAACUCUAAGCCACAUACAGGUCUGUGUUCCAGUGAGCUUUGGUAGCACACAGAAAAGGAGACUGCCACAAAUAAACACAGAUCAAGGACAGAUGUGAAAGUUUUGGAGAAGGGGCAACCCGGAAGCUGCCUGGAUUCUGGGGCAUUAGCUAGAAAGAGAGAGCGCGGAAGCCAGCGCUCAACGAGGGGUGAAACUAAUCCGUAGAAUGCCGUUCAAGAAUCUCCCCAGCUCCGAGAAUUUCAUAUAGACCCAGGAUGUCCCAUAAAGCCAGGCUGAGGUGUGUCUAUCGAGGAGGGAGCUACUGGAGAUCUCUAUGCUGUCUGGCUGUUUUUACCAGCUGUCUCUGUCCCACAGCAGUGUUGUGCUGCUCAAGUUGCACAGAAACUCUAACUGGUUUCUCGGGCCAGUUCACAUCCCCAUGUUACCCCGUGGACUAUAGCCCUAAUUUAAACUGUAAGUGGACCAUCCUGGCCCCUCCUGGAUUUAUCAUACAGCUGACUUUUCACGACUUCGAGUUAGAGGAAGCCCAAGGAUGCCAAUAUGACUUUGUGUCAAUACAAAAUGGGGCUGAAAACAUUCAAUUUUGCGGUGUCACAGCUAAGGGUCACACAUUGAACUCUACCACGAAUGAAAUGGUUGUCACAUUCAAGACUGACUUUAGCAUCCAAAAAAAAGGAUUCAGAGCUUCCUACAGACAAGUGGCAGUCUCGCUGCGGAAUCAAAAGGUGGUGUUGGACAAUCCAUCUCAACGACAGGUUGUUUCAGUCUCCCCCUCGGUCCCCAUCCCAGACCUGGAACAAUUCACUGUAUGCCUGGAGGCCAAGUCAUCUACUGUGAAGAAGAACUGGAUCCUCUUGUCAUACGUGGAUAGCAACAACUUGCCGCUCAUUGCCCUCAGGAGCCAGGGAAGUGAUAUCCUCCUGGCAAUCUCCAACGUGGAGUGUGACGUGAGCCAACUCUGGGAGGAUCAUUUCUCUGGCGAGGCAUUCACCGCCAUUUGGCAGCAGUUGUGUGUCACAUGGGAUAGUGCCUCAGGCGAUAUCAUCACUCAGACUCAAAACAAAUAUCAGGUCAAUCCCUGCUCAGCCUCCAGAGGGAAAAGCGUUGCAGCCCAGGGUUCCCUCACACUUGCACCAGAACAAAAGGAAUCCAGCAAAACCUUCACCGGCGAGCUCUACAACUUCCGUCUCUGGGACUUCAACAUGACUGGGCAGAUGCUCGUCAACCUAUCCUGCGAUGAAGUGGGCAACGUGGUGGAUUGGGAAAACUCGUUCUGGGACAUCCCUGUCUCCACGUUGGAAGCGGACAGUGAUCUGAGCUGUGCCUCUGCAAUUCCCACCAAUCCGACUGUCCGACCUACCUGUUCGUCGUUGGGAUCAGGAUGUCAAGCCACCACACCAGUUAACUCCAACACUCUUACCACUAACUUGCACGUCACUAACAGUGUCGAUCCGUCAACUGAUGGCAUAAGUACUCCAUUCGCUGAAGUCACCACACAUGGAUCCAGAGACACCACAGAUUUGAGGCAACAAAACAACACAGUCUCCCAAAAUACAAGUUGUAAUUGCUCCAGCAAUGAAGCAGCUGGCAGCUUUAACGUCACAGAUUUGCAGAGGUCCCAGGUUCCGCUGAACCAUAGCCAGUUAAAUGAGAUCUGGCAAAGGUUUACAUCGCGCAGGAGGCAGAGAUCGGGGAAGUUCAGCAAUCCAUUGGGGAUCAUCUCCACACCACUGAGGUUCCCGUUAAGACCCAGACCCAGCAGUUUGAAACCUGGGCGAUCAAACAUGAAAGUCGCUUUGAUUGCCAAGACGGUCACCAAGAGCUCACGUGUUACUAAGGAUUCAAAGGCUUUGGCCAUGGCAGCCGGUAACGUCACUGAGAGAAAACAUCUUCCUCCAAGUGUCUUUCUCAACACUGCCAGAGAUACCAACACAGCCAGUGAAUAUGCUAACAGUGAUAAUGUCACUGGAUUGACUUCUGAAUUCAUCAGUAGGUUAAAAAAACUGAUGAGGCAGAUCUGGGACUUGAGGUUUGGUGUGAAGAAUUCAGCUGAUAAGGUUACGGAGGAUGACAAUGAGAUGUCAUCUGUUGAUCUUGAAAGUCAUGAGGCACUGAUUGAUGAAGGAAGAGACGUUGGAAUAGAUACAUUGAGAUUGAAGCCAAGUAUUUCUUCUAUAUUAUUACCUAACCAACACGAUCCUGGCAAAUGGUCAUCUAAUGUUUUAAACGUAUUGGAGAUGCAACCACAAACCCCUUUUCCAGAGUUGUACCAAACAAUGAAUCCCACUCCAAUUGAGUCUCAACAGGAAAUAAGUGCGGACAUCAUUAUGCCUCAUGGGCAUCUCUUAUAUGGCUCGCUCUGGGCACACAGCAGCAACCUGAUGCAAUUGGAAGAUACAUUGGAGCAUCUGGGAGACAAGGUCAUCACUGAGACUUCAGCACAAUCUCUUCCUGGCAAUACAGAAUCCUCUAUAGACCCCCAAGGAACCAGGUUCCUUUCCAACCAUUCCAAUACCAAUUCUUUUAGCACUGCCUUUCCCGAAGCCAACAGUCCCUUAUCCACCUGGCCAAGUUCAUUGCUGGUUCCAGGGCAAGUUGGUUCCACCAUAUCAAGCCUGCUUUUUGAGAGGAACAACAGCGUCAAUGAAACCCAACUAAUACAUGCGACAGAGUUGCUCCGCUUUGCAAACAUGGGCAGGGUGUCUAUGGCAGCAACACAAAGGCUGUUCAUUAGCACUGAACAGGUAGCAAAUCAAUUAAGGCAAUCUCAUGAGUUUAUGCUGCAUCCAAGACAGUUUUCAGUAAGAAACCAAGUAGAUGGUACUCCUGGUUUUGCUAAAGAUGUAGAUGUGAGCUCUCCGAAUGCAUCAAUAAGGCUCAACACCAAAAUGAACAAUCCAGAUGCUUUGAUGUUUAUUUCUUCAGCUCUAAUGUCAGAUAAACAAAACAUUUCUUCAAUUCCAAAUAAUCUAUUGGACGUUUCUCCGAGGCCAUCUAAAUUUGAACUCAAUGUGGGUAUCUCUCAACGACAGUCCAAGCCAAGGAAAUUCUCAAUGGGAUCUCAUGAAUCCAGAAUCAAUUUCUUCAUUUCAUCUACCAUGCAGUCAGCUAGUUCCAGAACCAUUGAGUUACACCCAGGUUUAGAAACAAGAAUUGAAUUGAGUAGGGCAACAGUCAUGACAAGAGUCCAAGAAUCUCUGCUGGAUUUUCCUUCACACAAUGAGAACAGUUGGAGAUUGUCCACGAGAGAGACCAGUAUUCCCCUCCUUUCUGUCCACAAAGGGAUUGCAGAUAAAGACUAUAGCCAGAUCUCCCUGACUGGUACCACGCUGCACAUCACACAAAGCCACCAACCUGCACCUGUCAUGACCAAAAACAAAUGGGAGAUGUCGACAAUCAGAAAUACUAGAUCGUUUACCAAAAGUACAUGGGUUCCACUUGUGGCCUUGCACACUUCAUCGAUCUCAACCUCUGAUGCUCCUUAUUUGGAGGAUGAACUCCUAACCCUGAACACUCCCAAUUCAAGGAAUGAAUCCUUAACCUCUGACAUUCCAUAUCCAGGAAAUAAAUCUGUUUCCUUUGAUGUUCCACAUCCAGGGAACAAAUCCUUUACCUCCGACACUCCACGUGGAUGGAAUGAAUCCUUCACAGCCACUAACCCGCAUCCAGGGAAUGAAUCUUUUACCUCGGAUGCUCCACAUGUAGGGAAUGAAUCCUUUACUUCUGUCAGCCCACAUUCAAGAAAUAAAUGGGUCACCUCCGACACUCCACAUAAAGGGAGUGAAUCCUUCACCCACGACAGUCCGCAUCCAAGGAAUGAAUCCUUAACUUCCAACACUCUGUAUCAAGUGAAUGAAUCCUUAACCUCUGACACCACAAAUCCAGGGAAUGAAUCCUUAACCUCUGACAUUCCUCAUCCACAGAAGGAGGCUUCAACCUUUGACACCCGUCAAGAUAAGAAUGACUCUUUAUACUCUAAUGGUCUUCAUCUGAGGAAUGAUUCCUUAAUAGUGGCUGGUCGCCUCAAGUCUUCACUGGAGACUUCAAUUGCAAGUGUUUGGAGCUCAUGGGAUGUGCUGUUGGACCAGAGACCAGAGGAGACAAUCUCGUUCCAGUUUUUGGAUGACGAUGCAGGUAUCAGAAGUGAAAACACAACUUUGCUUCACGCUGACCACCUUCCCGGACUGGAACAAACUCCAACCGUAACAACUAAUUUACUGCAUGGAUCUUUAAGUGGGACAGUGUUCUCUAGUUUUUCACUGACAAUUCCAGGAGCAUUUCAGGAUCACUCAGAUGUGAUCAUUGGCUCUUACUCCCUGGAGAACUUCAUGACCGCGAUCACACAAAGAGAAUUGGAACUGAACUUGUUUGCAUCAUCUCCGGAUAGGACUGACAUCCUCAAGGAGGAAACCUUUGGGAGUCGUGCAAUACUUGAAAGUUCAAAACAUCAGCAGGUGAUGACUCUGAUACCAGUAGAUGUGAGUGUGAAGUGGCCACCUCACAGAACACUUACCCCAUCACUAUCAGAAGGACCCCAACUCCUGCAAUCCAGUGAUAUUUUUAUAGGGGCAGAAUCUGAAAUUGGACAGGUCAGUAGAUCAGUCCAUUCAUCAAAUGACUCGCUCACCCUCAACAUGGUUUCAACAGACCAGAAGUAUGCACACACAUUGCAGCUCCACACAUCAGAGUUUCAUGUUGGAGAGCGCCACAGUUAUAAUCUGGGAGUGCAAUCUUUCCCACUCAGUGAAGGGAUAUCAGGAAUGUUCUCUGCAACAUCCAUUGGAACGCAGCCGAGUGCUGGAUCUCAAGAGCCAACACUGGAGACUACUUCGCCAAUGGAUUUUUCUGUGGUUCCUUCCAUGAGUAAACCAGCCUGGGAAAUUAUGUCAAGCACAGAGACCUACAAUCAACUGCCACAGAGCUCUCAGACCUCCACUACGCGCCUACCAAACCUUCAACCCAGUUCUUCAUCGGACACAGUUACGCCAUCUCCUCUGCUCCCCCUUGAUGUUUUUGGAUUCAAUGUGACCUUUGACUCAAGCACAGACAGUGGGGAACAGCCUACCGCCACUGACCAAGCCUCUUUGCCCUGUCUGUGCGAGGCCACAAUUGGCAUGAGCUGCUUGUGUGGAGUGUUGAUCGUCAACCGUGGUAUUUUCUACAGGACGCAGUUUUCGGUUUAUGAUCAGUCCAGUGGAAAUACUGAUAUGGGUCUGCUUAAGCAAAGAGUGUCAGCAUGGCUCACCACAUCAUUUCAGGACUGGAAUUACACUGUGUACGUCGAAUCUGUCAGUAUUUUUGAAGGCAAUGCAACUUCAGCACAUAGGAUCUCUGCCAGAUCUCUGCAAAAGAGCUACAACUGCCUGGCAAUCCUAUAUUACAACAUUACCAAAAAUAUUUACCUGGAGGAGCGAGUGGUCCAAGAAAGGCUGAUCAAUAAAUCUUCAGUCAUUGGAAACAACCUGUCCAUUAACUCGAUCCAUGUACAGCCCAUAGUGAACUGCACCUUCGAAAAAAACCCUCAGUAUACAUGGACGUCCACCAGACCAAUGAGCACUUUGCUCCUGCCCUGUCACACCAAUCCCAGCCAGUUCGCCAGCAGGAAGUGUGUUUUAAACACACAGAAUUACACAUCAUACUGGGAGUCACCUAACAUGAGUAACUGUUCGAACAGCUCCAACACCAGUGACUUUCCACCGGUAUCUGCAGAAAAUGCGGCUGAGGUGGCCUUCCUGCUCCUUGACUACUCUGCGGACAAGAACCUCACCCGGGAGGAGGUGGACCUGCUGUUGGAUACACUGAAUCAGAUCGUCAUCGUGGCUGAGAUCAACUCGUCCUUGGCGUCCACUGUUCUGACGGUCCUGUCCAAUAUUCUCUCGAGUUCGGACACCGCGCUCACCACAUCUUCACAAGUGGCUUUGAGGACAGUGGACGCGUUGACGGCCAAGAUGAUCUUCGAUGGACCAUCAGUGAACAUCUCCACCCCCAACCUGGCCAUUGGGAUCUCCACCAUUGAUGCUCAGACCUACAAUGGGACCUCCUUCCGACUGGGGUCUCACAAUGGAGAGUCCGAACUGGAGGUUACUUUUGACGGGAAAGCACGGACUGACAGCCUGGCUGAAGUUGAACUGCCUCUUAGUGUGCUGGAGAAGCUGACAGAAGAGGAGGCCAAUGCUGUGUCCAGGGCCCAGUUUGCCUUCUUCAGAAGGACAGGACUCUUCCAGGACCCGCGAGGAUUCGAUCUGCAGAGCUUUGUGGUGGCCAGCAGCUUGGAUAAUAUAACCAUCAGUAACCUCUCCGAACCUGUCAGGAUCCGGAUCAGACACAGGAACCCUCAGGAGGCGUUUAAGCCACUCUGCGCCUUCUGGGAUUUAACACUGAACAACGACAGUGGUGGCUGGAACACUCAAGGAUGUCGCGUCGAUCCUAGGUCCAGCGCCAAUGAAACCAUCUGCCUGUGCAACCACCUCACGCACUUUGGAAUACUGCUGGACAUCUCAGGGAUGGCUCAAAAGAUCGAUGCGGUUAAUACGAAGAUCCUGACCUUCAUCACUCACAUAGGAUGUGGGAUCUCAGCCAUCUUCUCGGCAACAACCCUUCUCACAUACGUGGCGUUCGACAAACUGCGUCGUGAUUAUCCGUCAAAGAUCCUGAUGAAUCUCAGCACUUCGCUCUUCUUCCUGAACUUUAUCUUCCUGAUCAACGGCUGGAUAGCGUCGUUCAACAUCGCCGGGCUGUGCAUUGCCGUUGCGGUUCUUCUUCACUUCUUCCUGCUGGCUUCCUUCACCUGGAUGGGGCUCGAAGCAGUUCACAUGUACAUCGCCCUGGUCAAGGUCUUCAAUACCUACAUCAGAAAGUACAUGCUCAAAUUCUGCAUCAUCGGCUGGGGCUUGCCUGCACUGGUGGUGUUAAUCGUCUUUUCAAUUCGCACGGAUUUCUACGGGGUAUCAGUGUAUGGCAAGGACGACACAGACAGUGGCUCCGAAUUCUGUUGGAUCGAGGAGAAGGUGGUUUUCUACGUGACCUGCGUCUGUUACUUUGCGAUCCUCUUCUUGAUGAACAUCUCUAUGUUCGUAGUGGUGUUAAUCCAGAUCUGCGGAAGGAAUGGGAAGAAGAGCAACCGUAACCUGAGGGAGGAGAUCCUGCGCAAUCUCCGAAGUGUCACCAGCUUGACGUUCCUCUUGGGAAUGACGUGGGGCUUUGCAUUCUUCGCCUGGGGCCCAGUGCACCUCAGCUUCAUGUACCUGUUCGCAAUCUUCAACUCCAUACAAGGCUUCUUCAUAUUUGUCUUCCACUGCGCUCUGAAGGAAAAUGUACAGAAACAAUGGAGACGAUACCUCUGCUGUGGCAGAUUCAGACUAUCAGAAAAUUCAGACUGGAGCCGAACGAUCACAAACACCACAAAGAAAGUCAGUUCCGAAAACCUGGGCAAGUCCCUUUCCUCCAGCUCCAUCGGUUCCAACUCCACCAGCUGGACCAGCAAGUUCAAGUCUGGUUCCAGCCUCUUCAAAAGCAGCACUAAGGAUGGCCUGUUUGCAGCUGUGAGGUCAUCGAAAUUUGGCCACUUGGACGCCCGCCAGGAUCCCAUUGUUCCCAUCCACAAUGGCUUGGACAAGGUCUCAUCCUACUACCCAACCCACUCAGACAACUUCUACAAGAACAUAAUGAUGUCCGAAAACUUCAGCCACAGCACAAAGUUCUGAGCUGUCCCGACAAGUGAGAGAGAGAAGGAACUGAGGAUGGGUUCUGGAAGGAAGCUGAGGGGCUUCUCAUGGAUGCGCUGGUCAAUCUGUAAAUGGGCAGCAGGCCUCUCACCGCAAGGGUUGUGGGAGUGAAUGAAAGAGUGAGUUUAAUCAGAGACUUCAGGUGAAAUUGUACACUGCCAGAGUAGUCAUUAGUUCAUUAAUGGACGUCAUCUAAACUCUGAAGAUCGUCAUCUUUUAUCCACUCUCACUAUCACUACUUAAGCAACCAGUGACACUACCCAAAGCCCCAUUGACAAUUCCUAGGAACCCAAUGACACUUCCUAGGGUCGCAUUGACGGUACUUAGGAACCCAUUGACACUUCUGAGUAACCCUUUGACAUAAAUUGGGAAAACACAAAGUGCAGGGAAAACUCAGUAGGUCAAGCAGUAUCUGGAGGUAAUGACCAGAUGAUAUUUUGAGUUGGGACCCUUCUUCAGACUCUGACGGUCUGGGACAUGGUAGCCUAGUGUUCAUUACUAUUUAGAAACCCAUUGACAUUAUUUGAGCACCUACUUACAGUGAUCCUACAGCAAUCCCAUUCUCCCCAUAUUACAAUCAGUUACCCUUAGAUUCUACCCCUCGCAUACAUAUAGGGCAAUUUACCAUGGGCAAUUAACUCACCGACCCCCUCGAUCUUUGGGACGUGGGAGAAAACAAGAGGUCCUGGGCGAAACCUACAUGGUCACAGGGAGAAUGUGCAAAGUCCACACUGAUAGCACUGAAGGCCAGUAUCCUACACGGGUGAGAUAGUGGCUCUACCAUCUGCAACAUGGUGCUGUCCUAGUGCUGUUGGAGAUGCUCUAUUUGGGAUGAGGUAUUAAUGUGACGCCCUAUCUGCUCUCUCAGAAUGAUGGAAGUGAUCCCAUGGUCAAUAUUUUGAAGAAGGUCAAGUUUGUUUGAUUCGGAAAGCUGCUCCAGACCCUCACACACACUUAUUAAAAGAAGAAUCCCUGGUUAUUAUAAAGCUGUUGAUUUUGCUGUGUGCAAACAAAGCAAGUACUCAAAAAAAUUACUUCCUUGGCUGUGAAGCACUUUGACACAUUAUAGGCAAUCCUUUCUCUCGUUGGAACCAUUUCAGAGAUCAAGGGUCAUGUUAUCACGAUCACCCCUUCAUCUGAAAAGUGCCUUAAAUCUGUGACUAAUAUUUGCAAAUGUAUUUAUUCCAAAAAAUAUUGUAAUUUGUCUGCUUGUGUGUUCCUUGUUUAACGUUACCUGUACUUGUGGCUGCAAUAAAAGUCUGCAAUACCAACAUGCA